AUGGCCCUUUGGGCAAGACUGUGGGCCAUUCUUAUACAAUUGGCCCUCUUGCCGUUCUUCUUUCCGCCUCCAGGCCACUGCCAAGGUGACAGGCCCCGCCUACAGUUCACCCAGCCACUGUACCAUGCAUCGGUCUAUGAGAAUUCAGCUGCCCGCACCUACGCCGCCAGCCAGGUGCGCAUGGGCGUUCCUCUCCAGCAACACUCAUGGGAGGUGAGGUAUCGCAUCACAUCCGGGGACGAGGAGGGAUUCUUCAAGGCUGAGGAAUAUACUCUGGGUGAUUUCUGUUUCCUGAGGAUACGAACCAAAGGGGGAAAUGCUGCCAUCUUGAAUCGUGAAGUUCAAGAUAACUACAUGUUGACAGUGAAAGCUUCCAUUAAGGGUGAUGUACUAGAGGCUUGGACUAAAGUUAGUGUGCAAGUCUUGGAUAUGAAUGACCUUCGGCCCCUUUUCUCCCCUACCACGUAUUCGGUUACCAUUGCAGAAAGCACACCCUUACGCACCAGCGUAGCCCAAGUUACUGCCACAGAUGCCGACAUUGGUUCAAAUGGAGAGUUUUAUUACUUUUUUAAGGAACGAAUGGAGCUAUUCGCUGUGCACCCAACUAGUGGAGUCGUUACGCUCAGUGGAAAACUAGACACUGAUACUCAGAGCCGCUAUGAUCUGGAGAUCCAGGCCAUGGACCGGGGAAUGAAGCUUUAUGGGAAUAAUGGUGUAAGCAGUACAGCCAAACUCUUUGUUCAUGUAGAACGUAUUAAUGAGCAUACACCUACAUUGAGCGUUGUUACAUUAGCACCUGUAUGGGCUGAGAAGUCCCCUGUCAUUGCCGUGAUCACCGUAGAGGAUGCUGAUAAAGGUGUAAAUGGAGAGAUUGAGACGGUGAGCAUUGUGGCUGGAGACCUUCUUGAGCUCUUUAGCAUUGAAAGGACAGAGAUGCAAAGUGAGGAAAUCAUUGAGGAGGAAAGAAGUCGUGAUGGAUCGAAUGAGUUUGUCCUUCGUGCAACAGAGCAGUUAGACUGGGAAAGCUAUCCGUUUGGACUGAACCUCACCUUACAGGCUCGAGAUCGUGGAAUGCCGCAGAAGUUCUCCGCUGUGCACGUAGUGCAUUUAAAACUGUCACGACCAGCCCCUGCGGAGGUCAGAUUUCAGAAGGAUGAAUACGAGGUCCUCUUGAGCGAGGUUGCCCCACCAGGUACGGUAGUAGAGGCUGUGAAACUCCAACCAGAGCCUGAUGAUGCCGAGUACAUCCUUACACCUUCUGCAGAUUCUAUAUUCUUUAGUAUCAACACCAUGACGGGGGUCAUUAGCAUAGCACGUUGGCUCACCCAACUCACACAGGAAGUAUUUGAACUGGAAGUUUUGGAAGUAGACAGCAACCUUAGGGUCAAGGUUAGGGUUGUUCUUGAGGAUGCCAAUGACAAUGCACCUUCAUUUGCUCAACAGUCUUACGAGGUAUUUGUCAAUGAAAGUGUUGCCAUAGGCACAACUAUUGUUUUUGUGACAGCUUCUGAUGGUGACCAUGGUGAAAACGGGUACAUCACAUACAGCAUGGCAAGCUUGACACCGUUACCAUUUAGUGUGCAACAGUUCACUGGUGCAGUCACUACGACACAGGAACUGGACUUUGAGUCAUCUCCUGAGAGUUUCAGUUUUGUGGUUCGUGCUUCUGACUGGGGAUCCCCUUACAGGCGUGAAAGUGAAGUCAACGUCACUGUGCACCUAGAGAACGUUAAUGAUAACAAGCCCCUAUUUGAGAAAGUAGCCUGUGUUGGUGUGAUUUCUCGAGACCUUCCGGUAGGUGAGGUCAUCACCACCAUGUCUGCUAUAGACAUUGACGAGCUCGAACUGGUUAAGUACAAGAUUCUCUCAGGGAAUGAACGAGGGUACUUUGAUUUAAAUCCCGAUUCUGGGGUCAUGACCUUGCAACGCUCCUUCACCACUGUGGCACCCAAAAACUCAUUCAGUCUAAAAAUUACUGCCACAGAUGGAGAAUAUUUCUCUGAUCCCAUGUUUGUGAACGUAUCUGUAGUACAAGGGAAAUCACCCCCCAAGAGCUUUAGUUGUACUGAGACAAAAGUAGCCCAACGGCUGGCUGAGAAGCUUCUAAAGAAAGCCAAAGCUAACAGUAAACCCAAAAUAGAGGAAGGCUUUAUCGACCUGUUCUCUGUGAAUCGUCAGAUGCCACAGUUUGACAAAUCCUUCCCAACAGACAUCACUGUGCGUGAGGAUGUAGAAGUUGGCACAAGUGUGUUUCAGGUGAAAGCAUACGAUGGCGACACAGGAUUCAAUGGACAGCUGUUGUAUGCCAUAGCUGAUGGCAACACAGACAGCUGUUUUACCAUUGGGAUCCUCAAUGGCAUAAUAAGUGUCUUCCUUCCAUUAGACCGUGAAAGGACUGACAGAUACCUUCUUAACAUCACGCUGUAUGAUUUAGGCCAGCCACAAAGAUCCACCUGGCGGCUUCUAACAUUUUACAUAGCAGAUGCAAAUGACAAUGUACCACAGUUUCUUCAAGAUGGUGGCUACCAGGCCCGCAUCCCAGAGAACACCCCAAUCGGUACCGAGGUGAUCCAAGUUGAAGCUACUGAUAAAGAUCAAGGUCUCAACGGUGAGAUCCAGUAUUCCCUACUCACCAGCACAUCACAGUUUGGCAUUAACAGCUCGAAUGGGAUUGUGUAUGUGGCAGGUCAACUGGACCGUGAAUUUGUUCCAUCCUUCAUAUUAAAGGUGGAAGCACGAGACAAGGCAGACCGAGCAGCCCAGCAAUUUUCAGUAACAACUCUACGAAUUUCACUCGAGGAUGUCAACGACUGUCCACCUGCAUUUAUACCAAAUGUAGUAAGUGCCCGUGCACUUGAAGACCUCCCAGUGGGCACUGUCAUUGCAUGGUUGGACACGCAAGACCCUGACCUUGGACUUGGUGGGCAGGUGCGGUACUCACUCAUGAAUGACUAUGAAGGCCGUUUCGAAGUGGACAAGACUAGUGGUGCCAUUCGUCUAACUAAGGAACUGGAUUACGAAACUCAACAGUUCUUCAACCUAACAGUUCGGGCAAAAGACAAAGGUCGACCUGUAUCGCUCCUGUCAGUUAGCUUUGUAGAACUUGAGGUGGUUGAUGUAAACGAAAACCUCUAUGCACCAUAUUUCUCGAAUUUCGCCAUGAAUGGAUCUGUAAAGGAAAGUUCUCGCAUUGGCACCUCUGUGCUGCAGGUGUCGGCACUGGAUGAUGACACGGGCAGGGACGGCGAGGUGCAGUAUUCCAUACGUGACGGCAAUGGUCUUGGGAGAUUCACCAUCGAUGAGGAGACAGGUGUGAUCUACACUACAGAUCUGUUGGAUCGAGAGACGCAGGACUCCUAUUGGCUGACAGUGUACGCCACAGAUUUGGGUGUAGUUCCACAAUCAGCAGCAUUACAGGUGUACAUACAGGUUGAAGAUGUCAAUGACAAUGCUCCCCUCACAUCUGAACCGAUGUAUCACGCCACCAUUCCAGAAAACUCCCCGAAGGACCAGUCAGUCAUUCAGAUCCAGGCGCAGGACCCUGACGCCAUGGCAGCUGAGCCCCGCCUUUCAUUCCGUAUCUCCAGCGGCAACCCACAAAACUUCUUCAGCAUCAACCCACGCACUGGUCUGAUAACCACAACCUCUCGGAAACUGGAUCGCGAACAACAGGCUGAGCACGUACUAGAGGUGACGGUAUCCGACAGCGGUCCCUCCCCCAGGCACACCACAGUAUGGGUGGUGAUCCAGGUAUUGGAUGUUAAUGAUAACAAACCGACGUUUCCAGAGAAGGUUUAUCAGGUCCGUUUACCCGAGCGCACCCGUAAACAGAGAGGUGCUCCCAUAUACCGCGUGUUUGCCUAUGACCAAGACCAGGGUGCCAACGCUGACCUCUCCUAUAGCAUCGUCGAUGGUAAUGAGGACGGGAAGUUUUUUAUCGACGCCAAAACUGGCGUGGUUUCGUCACCUAAGAAACAGUUCACAGCUGGAACCUAUGAUAUUCUUACAGUGAAGGCAGUGGAUAACGGGCGUCCUCAACGUUGGGCGACAGCUCGUUUGCAUAUCGAGUGGAUUCGCCGUCCACCACCCAACCCUGUGCCUUUUGCCUUCGAUGAGCAGCUUUACAACUUUACCGUCAUGGAAACAGACAAAGUGGCAGAUAUAGUUGGCGUGGUGUCCGCCCAGCAGCAUGGCUCAACCUCCUUAUGGUUUGACAUCACAGGUCCUCGCUCUUUCCGUGAGAUGUUCUAUAUACUCCAGACUGCUUGCAGCAGGAACUGUUCUACAGAAGCUGGUGGUGAUGUGGACAGUAUGUUCGACGUUGAGAAAGGUGCUGGCACCAUCGUCAUCGCUAAACCUCUGGACGCAGAGCAACGAUCUUUUUAUAACCUCACUGUAGAGGUUACCGAUGGAACUAAUGUAGCUUACACUCAGGUCCACAUUACUGUUCUGGACAACAACGACAACGCACCUGUUUUUUCUCAGCCAACCUAUGACAUCACAAUCGCAGAGGACACGCCCCCGGAUACGGAGGUGCUUCAGGUGCUGGCGUCUGACCGCGAUGAGCGCCACCGUUUGACCUUUAACCUCCAGAGCAGCGUUGACCCCAGCAGCAUGCGCUUGUUUCGAAUCGACCCGAACACUGGAAUCAUCUACACAGCUCGCCGACUGGAUCACGAGAGCCGAACCCAGCACAUUCUCACUGUCAUGGUGAAAGAUCAGGAGUUCCCAUACAGACGCAGCCUUGCUCGCGUGCUAAUUGGUGUAGAAGAUGUGAAUGACCAUGCCCCUUACUUCACCAUGUUCAUGUAUGUUGGACAGGUGUAUGAGUCAGCUGCACUGGGAUCAGCUGUUCUCACUGUGUCCGCACUCGAUAAGGACAAGGGCCAGAACGCACAAAUCAGUUACAGCAUUGAUUCAGGGAACACAGGAAACAGUUUCAAAAUUGAUCCUGUUUUGGGCAUCAUCUCACUGGCUCGAGAGCUGGACAUCUCCAACAUUGGUCACUUCGUCUUAUCUGUCAAAGCGACUGAUAACGGAUCACCCACAUUGUCUUCAACGGCUGUCGUACGUAUAGCUGUCACCUUGUCCGAUAAUGCAGGCCCCAAGUUUCCCCAAAAUGAAUAUCAGGCUGAGAUCCCUGAGGGCGUUGCCAUAGGAACCUCUGUCAUCACAGUGAAUGCCCUAAGUCUUUCCACGCUUACCUAUGACAUUCGCCAUGGCAACAGAGACCGAACCUUCCGUGUCAACCAGUACAGUGGAGUAAUCACUACGCAGAAAUCACUAGACUUUGAAACCGUUUCCUCAUACGUGCUAAUAGUCACAGCUAGCAACAUGGCAGGACAAGUGUCUAAUGCUACAAUAACUGUUACUUUGCUUGACCAAAACGACAAUGCACCAGUAUUCCAACAGCUGCAUUAUCAUGGAAGUAUUAGUGAAGGGGCGGGGCUUAACAGUGUUGUGCAAAGUGACAAUGGUCAACCACUGGUCAUACGAGCAACAGAUGCUGACCGCAACCACAAUGCCCUGUUAGUUUAUCAAAUAGUAGAAGAAUCUGCCAGACGCUUCUUUGCUGUAGAUGCGGGUACUGGCUCCAUUCGAACAAUUGCACAGCUUGACCAUGAAACCACACCCACAUUCUGUUUCCAUGUUAAUGUCAGAGACAGUGGACAUCCACAGCUCUCAGCCGAGCACCCAGCAGAAGUCACUAUUGAGGUGCAAGAUGUUAAUGACUGCCCACCAAAGUUUUCCCAGGAUUCCUACGAAGCUGUUCUGCUGCUACCAACGUAUGAAGGUAUAGAGGCCCUACAAGUUUUCGCAACUGAUCCUGAUGGCAGUGGCCAAUCAGAGCUCACCUACUCCUUGACAGAUGGGAGCUUAGAACAUUUCAGCAUAGAGCCAAGCACAGGACUGUUGACAGUGAGAAACAGUUCAUUUAGCAAAGAACGAUUCCGUUUUAACGUCCGCGUAUCAGACGGACGCUUCUCUAACUCAGCUCUGGUUACCGUUUUAGUGCACGAAGCUCUCGACAGCGGGCUUGCUUUUACACACAGUGCCUACAAUGCCAACAUUGAGGAGAACAAUGGCAACAUAACGACGGUUGCUGUGGUCACAGCGCUAGGGAAUAAACUAAAUGAACCCCUGCGAUAUAUGUUGCUGAAUGCAGGUGGGAAAUUCCGCAUCAGGCCAACAUCAGGUGCCAUUGAGACCGUUGGAGUCCCACUAGACAGAGAAGAGAAGGAAGAGUACGGGCUGCUGGUACAGGCAGGUCGCGAAGAGGACCGCCUACGUGUUGCAAGGGCGCUAGUCAGAGUUCGAGUCACCGACAUCAAUGACAAUGCUCCUGUUUUUGUUGGAUUGCCAUACUAUGCUGCUGUGCAAGUAGACGCAGAGCCAGGGACGGCAAUAUUCCGUGUGACAGCAGUUGAUCGUGACAAAGGUCAAAAUGGAGAGGUCAACUACUUUCUGCAAGACGAGCUGGGACAUUUUGAAAUUGACCACGAGAGUGGCGAGCUCCGCUUGAGAAGAGCUUUUGAAGCUGAUCUAUCCAGUGUGGAAUAUCAGGUUUUGGUCUUUGCCCAUGACAUGGGCACACCACCUUUGUCCUCUUCAGUCACUUUCCCAGUUACCGUUGUAAACAAGGCGAUGCCAGUUUUUGACCGUCCCUUCUACUCUGUCAAAGUGAGCGAAGAUGUAUCAAUAUGGACUCCAAUUCUGGGCAUUAAUGCCAGUAGCCCUGAGGGCCAGAGUGUGCUUUACACAAUUACACAUGGUGACGCAAACACGCUGUUUUCAAUUGGAUUUGACACUGGGGUCAUCAGUGUCAUAGCACCCCUAGAUUAUGAGACCAGCCCAGCCCACAAACUCAUCGUCAGAGCAACGGACUGCCUCACAGGUGCUCGAGCUGAAGUAGAUGUUGAAAUCAUCAUUUUGGAUGUCAACGACAACCCUCCGGUGUUUGAGCAGCCCUCGUACAAAGCCGUUAUUUCAGAGUCUGCCAUGAUUGGCACCGCAGCAUUGCAGGUGUUCGCAACAGACAACGAUUCUGAGAAAAAUGCAGCUGUUCGUUACCAAAUCAUACUUGACCGCAACAACAGCACAGACCACUUUCACAUCGACAGCAGCAGUGGUCUGAUUCUGACUGCUCGCUCUCUGGACCACGAGACUAUCCAAAGCUAUGUCUUCCUUGUCAAGGCAACAGAUAAUGGCUUUCCUCCACUGAGCAGCGAAGUAUGGGUAACUGUCGAUGUCACAGACAUCAACGACAAUGCUCCAGCAUUCAACCAGCUGCUCUAUGAGGCCUCCGUCAAUGAACUGGCACCUAAGGGUCACUUUGUUACAUGCGUCCAGGCCUCUGACGCGGACCGUUCAGACACUGAGCGUUUGCAGUACGGCCUUGUGUCUGGAAAUGAAAAAAUGCUGUUCAAACUGGAUGCCGCCUCAGGCGUCCUCACCCUGAGUGGCCAACGGCGUCUACAACGCAUGCCGUCCGCCAUCACCCUGAACGUGAGCGUUUCAGAUGGUGUAUUCACGAGUACGGCGCAAGUGCACGUUCAAGUAGAACGGGCUAAUUUGCACGCCCCCCAGUUCCCGCAGGGUAUAUAUGAAGCAGAUGUGCGGGAGAAUGCACCAGUGGGGUCAAAGGUUCUCAUGAUCAGGGCACAAGAUGCCGAUCCUGGACCGUUUGGGUAUGUGCGGUAUGUUCUGCUCUCUGAUGCCACUCGGGACUUGUUUAGCAUUGAUGGAAGUGGCCAAAUAACAACUCUGGAACAACUAGACAGAGAAGAACGAAGUGAGAUUUUGCUGUCCAUUGCUGCUGUGGAUACGGGUGGCAGAUCUGGAUAUUGCACCGUUCGGGUCACUGUAGUGGAUGAGAACGACAAUGCUCCACUGUUUGGUGCCUCAGAGUACCAUGCCAGCGUGCGAGCUGAGGUCGAGCCAGGUGCCCUCGUGAUGCAAGUGCAAGCUUGGGAUGUUGAUCAGGAAGUCAACGGACAAGUAAGCUACAGUCUGUACAGCGAAGCAAGUCUCCAGGUUACUGACCUCCUAGACAUAGACCCAGACAGUGGAUGGGUCGUCACCAAGGGCAACUUUGCCCCUUUGCGUGGAUCUGUGCUGUCCUUUUUUGUUAAGGCCUCUGAUGGAGGUGCACCUGUCAGACAUUCCCUUGUGUCAGUCUACAUCCAUGUCCUGUCCGCAAACUCCCACAUACCUGCUUUCAGCCAACCGCAGUUCUCCUUUACCGUGCCAGAGGACUUGUCCAUUGGUUCCCUACUAGGUGCGGUGCAUCUACACACCUCAACUAGCCACUCCUCCUUCCCAGUAAGCUUCUCAGCUGUGAUCGGUCAGACUCCAGAGAGCAACAGUGAUGGAGUGUUUGUGGUGGACAAAGAAAGUGGCAUGAUCAAACUGGAUAAAGCUCUGGAUCGCGAGCUGACCCAGGUCUAUCAUUUUAAAGUUCUUGCAGUGUUGCAGCAGGGACGGUUGGAUGCAGUAUCUGCUGUUGAUGUGGAGGUCAAAGUACAAGAUGUCAAUGAUAACAAACCUGCGUUUGAGUCGGACACCUAUGAGGCAUCAGUCACCGAGGGUCUUUCACCUGGGACUAGGAUUCUACAAGUACGCGCUAUGGAUCCUGAUUGGGCAGCUAAUGGUCAGGUGACCUACAGUCUUGCUCCGCCUGGGCUACUUGGCUCUGCCAGUGAGGAUAUAGAAGAGCUUGGAGCCUACUUCACAAUUGACAGCAGCUCUGGUUGGAUAUCAACACUGAAGGGGCUGGACCACGAACAGAGCCCUGCCCACAGUCUUACAGUCUGGGCAUUUGACCUCGGUGACCCCGCCAGCCAGUCAUCCUCAACGACUGUUACUAUAGCAGUGAGCGACUCCAACGACAACGUACCACAGUUCCUUCAGUCCCGUUACUAUGGUAGUGUACGUGAAAGUGAUGCACCUGGUGAAGUUGUGGCAAUAAUAAACACAAGGGACAAUGACAGCUCACCUGGAAACCGACAGGUCACCUAUCAUAUUACAGGGGGUAACCGCGGCGGUGUGUUUGCACUGGGACUGGUACAGGGGGAGUGGAAGCUAUACGUUAAGCGUCCUUUAGACAGAGAAGAACAAGAAUUGUACCUCAUCAACGUCACGGCAACGGACGGACUUUACGUCUCCACGGCAACCGUGGAAGUCCUGGUUAUGGAUACAAACGACAACAGCCCUGUCUGUGACCCGGCUGUGUACUCAGUGUCUGUCUCUGAAGACGUCCCCCUGAAUAAGCAAAUCCUUUGGGUUAAAGCUACAGACGCAGACACGGGCUCAAACGCACAGAUCCAGUUCUCUCUAUUUGGUUCUGGAGCAGAAGACUUUAGCAUUCAUCCUCAUACAGGUGAGGUAAAGACAGCCAUGGCACUGGACCGUGAAAAGGUUGCACUGUACUCUCUGGUUGCCCGGGCAACGGAUGGCGGUGGUUUGUGGUGUGAAGCUGAUGUGGUGGUGAUUCUGUUGGAUGUGAAUGACAGUCCACCGCAGUUCAGCAUGCCUCAUUACACUGCCAGUGUUUACGAGAACACAGCCACUAAAGCUCUCCUGACCAGAAUACAGGCCAUAGACCCCGACCUCGGUGUUAAUCGUAAAGUGGUGUAUUCCCUGGUUGACUCUGCUGAUGGUUUCUUUUCCAUUGAUAAAUCAUCUGGCAUCAUAGUUUUGGAGCGUCUGUUGGAUCGUGAGGUUCAGUCCUCUUACAAUAUAACGGUCCGUGCGUCAGACCAGGGCGUCCCUGUUCGUCUCUCCUCUCUUGCAAACAUAACAAUCACAGUUCUGGACAUUAAUGAUAACCCACCCGUGUUUGAGAGAAGGGACUAUCUGUCAACACUUCCUGAAGAUGUUGCUGUGGGAACGGAAGUGGUGCAGGUUUACGCGGCUAGUAAAGACAUCGGCACCAACGCUGAUAUUUACUACAGCAUCCGAUCCGGAAACCAGCAAGGACAUUUCACCAUUAACUUCAACACAGGUGCCAUCUCCGUGUCUCGGCCACUAGACUAUGAAUCCUGCAGGGACUACUUCCUAACUGUGGAGGCCACGGAUGGCGGGACUCCACCCCUUAGUGCUGUCACCAUGGUAAACAUCAACUUGACAGACGUCAAUGACAACGCCCCCAUGUUCAGCCGUGACGCCUACAGUGUGUCCAUUAGCGAGGAUGCUAACAUAGGAGACACUGUAGUUAAGGUGACCGCGGAGGACGUCGACAACCAGGCAAACGGCGACAUAAUGUAUUCCAUCGUCAGUGGCGACCGAGAGAAUCAGUUCUUCAUCGAGCCAAUCAUGGGCCAGAUCAAAGUCAACAAGCAGCUGGAUCGAGAAACGAUGGCUGGUUACUCAUUGUCAGUGAGAGCUCUUGACAGCGGCACACCUGCCAUGUCCUCCACCGUCCAGGUCAACAUUGACAUCUCGGACGUUAAUGACAACCCGCCCACUUUCACUCCAGCCAAUCACACUGCAGUUAUACAGGAGAACAAGCCAUUGGGAACGAGUGUACUGCAGCUGUCCGUCAUCGAUCAGGAUGCCAGCCAUAAUGGCCCUCCCUUCCAUUUCAGCAUCCUUUCAGGAAAUGAGGGGGCGUGGUUUAAGCUGGAUAGGGAGGGGCUAUUGACAGCCAAUCGGGUGUUUCGUAGGUCAGAAGGCACUGAAUACAUUAUUCACGUGCAGGCAAGUGACUCAGGUAGACCGCCUUUAUCGUCGACGGCGACCGUGUUGGUGCGUGUAAUAGAGGAGAGCGUGCACAAGCCUGUGGCAUUGCCUUUGCACGUGCACAUCGUAACCAUGGAAGACGAGUUUCCGGGAGGCGUUAUUGGUCAGAUACAUGCAACAGACCAGGACGCAUUUGAUAUUCUAACCUACGGCCAUACACACCAGCAGAGCAGCCUUUUCAAGGUGAGCCCUCGAGACGGCCGAAUCAUCGCUCUGAGUGGACUGGAUGCGGGUCGCUACACCCUAAACGCUACUGUAACAGACGGCCGCUUUACUGUGAGCAUUCCCGUGAGCGUGCAUGUGGAGCAGGCCUCUGCCGAGAUGCUCCACGAUGCCGUGACAGUCCGUUUUGAUCGCGUCUCCCCUCACGACUUUGUAUCUCGUCACCUCCCAUCAGUCCGACGGGUUCUCUCCAGCAUCAUGGCGACGCCCCACCCCGAAGCUCUGCACGUACUCAGUGUGCAGCCCGUGGAAUCGACCGGGCAACUGGACUUGCUGGUUGCCGUGGAGACGGCAGAAGGGGGAGGGUUCUACAAGGCGGCGUUCGUGACGCAGAAGCUGAGCUCUGCUCGUCGUCAAUUGGACCAGGUUUUGAGGGUGUCUGCGGUUUUGGAUAAGAACUGCUCGGGUCUGGACUGCAGAGAGGCUCAAUGUGAACAAACCAUCAAGCUGGACUCACACAGUCUGCUCACAUACAGCUCCACCAAAACCAGCUUUGUGUCGCCCAAGUUCCACAGGAACACUCGAUGUGUGUGCAGCGAUGGGAGUUGUUCUACAGGUUCGGAGGUGUGCGCUGAGAUGAGAUGUCCUGGUGACAUGCAGUGUGUCGGCACGGACAGCAGCAGGGGGCUCUACGCGUGCCAGUGUCCCCCGGGCAAACUGGGAGAGUGUGCAGGACACUCCUCUCUGAGUUUCUCUGGGAAUAGUUAUAUAAAGUACAGAGUGACAGAUGGAGACAGAAGUGGAGAGAUGAAGUUAGCUCUCCGGAUCCGAACUCUGCAGAGUAAAGGAAUCAUCAUGUACACACGUGCUGACACCUGCACUGUCCUGAAGAUCGAGGAGGGAAAGCUCUGGUUCCAGUUGGACUGUGGCAACAGUCCCAGGAGCAUCGGAAUCUCUGGCCGACCAAUUAACGACGGAUUCUGGCAUCACGUGUCCCUAGAGUUACGAGGAAACUACAGCAGCCUGUCGUUAGAUGACACAUACGUCGAACGUCGUCUAGCUACCCCCAAAUUCCAUCCUUCAGGAGCAGAUUUGACGAUAUACUUCGGGGCACAGGUGUUGCCUCCAGACACCCGGAGCCUGACAGAACGGAAAGGCCCGCGGGUCAGUAAUGGCUUUCAGGGUUGUCUGGACUCUGUUGUUCUGAACGACAAUGAACUUCCGCUGCAGAACAAACGAAGCCCGUACGCGGAGGUGGUGGGAUUGACAGAUCUUAAACUGGGAUGCGUUCUCUAUCCCGACGCGUGUGCUGCCCAGCCCUGUCUCAACGGCGCCACCUGCAUCAGCCUGCCAUCUGGAGGUUUUUCCUGCAGUUGCAGCACUCUGUACACUGGAGGGCAUUGUGAGACAGAAAUCAGUGUGUGUGUGCCAAACCCCUGUCAGAAUGGUGGCAUGUGUAAACCUAUCGGGAACGCCUUCAUCUGCAGCUGCAAGAGAGGAUACGCAGGCACAACCUGUGAAGAGGAUGUAAACGAGUGUGAACGUGAGCUGUGCGAGAACGGUGGCGUGUGCGUCAACACUUUUGGCUCAUUCUACUGCAACUGCACGCCCGGUUUUGUGGGCAGUGCUUGUUCUGUUCGCCCCGUGCUGGUUCCUGACAUGCAGGCUGGCCACGCCUACGUGGGGAAGGAGGAGCUUAUCGGCAUCGCCGUCGUGCUCUUCCUCAUCCUCACCCUCAUACUCCUGUUCAUUGCCUUCCGGAAGAAGGUUUUUCAGAAGAGCUAUUCACGGAAUAACCUCUCCAUGGUUCAGGAUCCGGCUACGGCUGCCCUGUUGCACAAAGCCAACGGCGGGCACUACCCGCCCCUGCGUUGUGCCAUCGGAGAGCCAAUCAGCUUGUACAUGGAAGGAAGCUUAAUCGGCCCACCUCAGGUUCCCGUCAGACCCAUGGCGUACACACCGUGUUUUCCCGGAGACACCCGCGGAACCCUAGAGAAACGGGCAGGGGACGGCAGAGGCCCGGAAAUGACGGAAAUGAGCACUUUCCAUCCGUCAGAGUCGCCGCGGAUACUGGGCGGAACCAACCGGAGGGGUGUGGUCGUGUGUAGUGUUGCGCCGAAUUUGCCACCUGUUUCGCCAUGCCGGUCAGACUGUGAUUCACUACGCAAGAGCCCCUGGGAAGAAGAAGGUAAAGUGGAUUUGCUGGAGGACGUCACAUGUUUCUCGGGCAGUAACAAGGGCAGCAACUCUGAGGUCCAAUCACUGAGCUCCUUUCAGUCCGACUCUUGUGACGAUAACGCUUCCAUAGUGACGGUAAUACGGUUGGUCAAUGAUGCAGUCGACACGAUUGAAAAUGAAGUGUCUGUUAUGGAUCAAGGUCAGAACUUCAACAGAGCAUACCACUGGGACACUUCCGACUGGCUGCCAAACACACGCCUUCCUGACAUCGAGGAAGUACCCACCUACGAGACCGGUGAAGUGGCCGUGGCCUUAGAAUCCGAUUAUUACCUCGGUGGAUUUGACAUCGACAGCGACUACCCGCCUCCUCAGGAGGAGGAGUUUAUGUCGCAGGACCAGUUGCCCCCGCCCCUUCCCACUGAAGAAUACGACACCUCGCCCGCCAAUCAACCGGCCUCCAGGGAGAGCACGCUCAGUGGGGACCGCAAGCCCCGCCCACAAUUCCACCCCAGCCAAUACCUGCCCCCGCAUCAGCUGCCACUCGGCUCCACUGGGGAGGAGUUUAGCACUUUCACAAGCAGGGAGGGCCGUCUGUCUGUCAACGCCUCCUCGGUCUCCUCAGUUUCCUCCACGCCAUGCGGGUUCGAAGACUCGGAAACGGGAGGAAGCUUGAAUAGUCUGGAGGACGCGCACACACAGCCAUUUACACAGCAGACUGAGGUGUGAAACACACUUGGAAAUGCUCAUAUACUCAUAUAAACAACAUUAGGAACUAAAAGCGCCGUUACUGACGUUAACAGAUGUACUCUCGGACAUUAAAGACUCUAAACUGUUGCGUCUGUCAGAGCUUGUAAGAAUGACUAAAUAAAGUGAGACAGACACAGCAGACGGACAGUCUGCUGACCGCCGACACCGCAGACGGACUCUCAGCUCCGCCCUUUGCAUAAGCAGGAAGCAGAGCUGCCCAAAUAUAGAAGCACAGCAAGUGACUGGAAGUGAUGUCAUGGGUGGGGACCAUGUAAAGCAACAAGAAGUGUUUUAGCAACCAGAGACCAAUGAUCUGUAGACAUCUUUCCAGAAAUUUUUUGGUAUAUUUCUUCCAUUUCCUGUCACGGAUGUUCUUGGUGUGUUUGAAAGAGAGAAAGUGACGUAGAGUUCGACUCUGUUCCAAACCUAGUGUGCUGCCUACAUAGACAGUAUCUUUAGACCCUGAUGCGAAGGGUAGCAACAUAAUACUGCCUUCUAAGAUACCUCGCAUUAGCCAAAUUCUGAAGGAACCAGUUUACUGCUAGCGAAAACGAAGAAAGAACGGGGAUUACGCAAUUCCUAAUUAAGUUCAUUGCAGUGAACUUUAAAGGGGUCAUGACAUGCCUUUUUAUUAUUUUAAUAUGUUCCUCGAGGUUCACUUAUAAUGUGACAUGACAAUGUGGAAGAAGUAGAGAACAAGUCAUUUUGGCAGCUUGGUUUCAACAAAUGCUCUUUUCGCAGUGAGAAGGAAAUUGAGUUCUGAAACUUAAAGUAUGUUUUUAGAGGACAAUGACCUCUUAUAUGUCAAAGGAUCAAGGAAAACUUGAUUCGUCAUGUCAUUACCCCUUUAAGGAAAACUUUAUACCAGCUGUUCAACGCCUUCAUACUGCCAUUGGUCCACGUCAUUUUUUUUUUUUUUUUUCAGAUUAAGUCUACCAAGUCUAUAAAAUAUAAUAACAUAUAGUAACCGGUGCAUAUUAUGGCCACACAUAAUGUGUUAGCAUUAGUGGCAUGAAUGCACAAUGUAAGCUUGACAAAUCACACAUUGACUACUUCAUAAUGUACAGGGCCGGUACCAGGUCUUUGGGGGAGCAUACUGAUCUUGAGGGUGCGCAAGUGGUUGUCUCUUCAUUGGACCAGGAGGGGGUUAUCAGAAGUUUCAUAGAAUGGGCAUGUAGGCAUGUAGUCAAGGGCGUAGUUUGGAUUGAACAUUGUGGGGGUUGCAGCUUGAAGCAUUUACCUAUGUUUCCAUUGGAUCAUGUUAUAAAUAUUGGGGGGGUUUGUACUUGCUUAUUUUGAUAAUUGGGGGUUACCUUAGAAGGCAGCUGGCCAUGUCUGAUACUAGACAGCAAGGCAGCUCAUUAGGUUUUGAAAUAGAGCUUAUGUGUGUGCGUGCACAGGUGUUAAUGAAAAUGAAACAGUUUUAUAUAAAACAGUCAAAAAGCACACACAUUUUCUGUAUCUCUCUAACAUUUUUUAUUUUAAUGCGUUGUCCUGUUUUCCACUAAAUUGAUUGACGGUAUGUUGAGACAUACAGCAGCCCUGCCUGAAAUAAUUAUGUCUUAACAUAUUUAGAGCCCUGGAGUGGUAGCAACCACUUCUGUUGUGUGAAUCAUUACUCUGUUUAACAGCUGACUCUAAAUAGCACUAUUUUUCAAACGGAUCGUUGAGAUGUUGUGUUUAUGAGUGUGUUUUAAUGGAAAAUGGGCAUCACUCUUCUAUAAUGUUACAUCCUUCCCCACCCUUCAUUUGUUGUCUUUUUAAAAACAUCAUGAUUGCAUAUCAGAAAGCCAUAAGCAGAAUGUCAUUACCCAUCUCUGAGUGCUGAUAUGUUCACAGGCACAUACAGUUUCCAUGUUCACAGGCACAUACAAUGCAAGAAUGACACAUGGCUGUAGAGUGCAGUCCAAAACCUCCUCUGAUCAGUCCAAAAGAAUUAAAGCACGAGUGAGAGAGUGAAAGCAAUAAGAGCAUGUUGGAAAGAUGGAAAUGUCGAGUACUGAUGCUGAAUAAUGAAUAUAGUACAGGGAAGGAAAAUGUACAGAAAAGUGAAAAUCAAUAAAAUAUCAAUCGAAAUCAGAACGAGAGAGAGGUACGAAAAUGUGGACCAACUUUGGAUUGGAAAGUAGAAUUAGUCCUGAGGGAUCACAUUGCCGUGUUUGAAGUUUGGUGCGAGUUGAUUUUCAGAGUGUAAUAUUAAAUGCCAUCGGGCGGAUAAUUUUUUUUGUUUGUUUUUUUUUUGUACAAGCUGUAAUUUUGACGUAAAUUGUUGUACAGUGUAUAUAAUUGAAGUUGUUCAAAUGCAGAUUUUGUAGAUAUUGAACUGCAAUCUUGGCAGGGUCUCUGCAUCCUGUAAACGCGUUUUGACGCGGAUAAAAAGGACAAAUAAAAAAACAAAAUCACAAAUAUGAACUACAAUUCUUGCGGACAUUUUUAGCAAAGAAACGCACCCAUGCUUUAUGCUUGUAUUUUUUGUUUUCAGCACAGUUGAAGUAUUGGUAGAAUAUAGCUUUUUUUACUGUCAAAAUAUACACUUCUUUGGGCAUCUUUCCCACCCCCCCACCCCCCCCCCCCCCAUUAAAGAAAAGGGAAUUGCAAUACUCCUGCCUGAAGGGCGUUUUAUGUCCUCUUAAUUGGUUGUCAAUUUUUUGUUUGUUUCAUUUUAUUUUAAUUGAACCAUUGUUCUAUAUUGUUCUGUUGACUGUGUAAAACAGUAUUAAAACAUGCCUGUUAUAAGUGUAAAAAAUUAUGUUCUUCACUGCUGGAUCUUUGUUUUGUUUGUUUGAUGUUUUUU